AUGAUUGUGCCACAAAUUAAAACUAAAAACGAUCUGCUAGCUCAAAAUGAUAAAGUAAAUUAUGGUCUAAGAAGGCGUAUUUAUGAUACAGAAAGAAUUAAAAAUGAAUUAGAAUGGCAAAAAUGGAACAUGUUAACAGAUAAGGAUAAACUUUUGAAAGAAAUUGAAAAAUUAGAAAAUGCUUUGUAUAGUAAGUUGAAUCCUAAAAUGUUAGUUGAGACAAGGUGUGAAGAAAGAUUGUAUAGAGCUGGUGUUGAACUGUGCCUCGAUAAAACUACUAUUGGAUUGCAUAAAGAACAUCUUGAACUCGAUAAUAWCAUCAAAAUGUUGAACGAUAAGCUAAAUCAAACAAAGGCUUUGCAUAAUAUUCUUAUUGAACAAAUAAAAGURCUAGACGAGCAAUUAAAAAAUAAGACUCAUGCGUUAGAUGUUGACCAGAAAUGUCUACAAUAUAGAGAACAACUGGACGGCCGUAGUUGUAGCUAGUUUGUUGACAAACAGGAUAUUUCAUUAAAGAUAUCUUAGACUUAGYAAAAAUCAUCAAAAAUUUAGAAGAA